AUGUUUAUUCCGGAAAGAAAACCCAGUCAUUCGCGUGACACACAAGGAAAUAUUGUUGGUCUGGAUUUCUCAGGGGAUGACACUUCGGAUUCGACAUCAAAAGAAUGGGUUUAUACAAGAUGGGCCAAAAUAAUGUUUCGAACUACAGCAAUGAUCAGUCUUGCCUCAGUCAGUAUGAAUACACCAGACACAUUUAAACAAGUUCCGAGUUUGAUGUAUAUUACAUUCAUCUUGGAUUUGAUGGUCGCUUUAAUAUUCACAGUUGAAAUGAUCAGUAAAAUGUAUAUUGAAGGUAUACUUGCACCAGCAUCAAGCCAGUCAACUGGUGGUGGAAUAGAUCAAAAGCGUAACCGAGCUUACUUUCAAAAAUCAUGGAAUUAUUUUGAUGCCAUUAUGCUGUUGUGUAUAUGGGCUUCGUUAGCUCUACAAUGUGUCGAAUUUUAUGUGACAUUCCAUUGUCCAGUUAGUAAUGGUGAUAACGAUGACGAUAUUGAUUAUACUUGUCCAAGUAAUGAAAAAUUCCGACGCAAUUAUGGCUUCCUAAGCAUGAUACGAUGUCCAAGACCUCUGAUACUAAUACGUGUUUUUCGUGCAGUAUUACGACUUCAAUUACCUCAAGCACGUGUGAAGGCUAUAUUCCAGCGAUCCACUCAUCAAAUGUACAAUGUAACAGUAUUUCUACUUUUCUUUAUGUCUUUGUAUGGCUUUCUGGGUGUACAGUUUUUCGGUGAUGAGUUAAACUAUCAUUGUGUUUUGCAGACAGCCAAUGAAACUCACAUAACAAAGCAAGAUUUAGCCAUACCAGAUUCAUAUUGUAAUCCAGCAAAAAAUCCAGAAGAGCAGUGUCCAAGCAAUAUGAAAUGCAUACGCAUUGCUAGUUCCAUACAAGAUGAUGGAGGUUACGCUGGAUUUGAAAGUUUUCACGUCAGUAUAUUCACCGUUUAUCAAGCUGCUUCUCAAGAAGGUUGGGUUUUUAUAAUGUACCGUGCAAUGGACUGUCUUGCUUCAUGGAAAGGAGUUAUCUAUUUUAUGUCCAUGAUAUUUUUAGUGGCAUGGUUGGUCAAGAAUGUAUUCAUUGCUGUACUAAUUGAAACAUUCGCUGAAAUAAGAGUUCAAUUUCAACAAAUGUGGACACCACGACAUACUGCAGAUGCAGAUUCUUCAAAGAUCUUUCAAUUUGAUGGUUUAACAUGGAAGUUGGUUCCUGUACACGAAAGCAAAGCACGUGGUUUAGCACCAAAAUUUUUUCAAGAGACCAUACUGAAAUCCACGGGCUUCAAUGUGGUCAUUAUGGUUUUAGUUUUGGCUAAUGCAAUUACAGCUGCUGCUCUGCAUUUCAAUCAUCAAAGUCUUAGAGGGGAUGACCAUCUGGAAGAUCAAUUGGACGGUUUCUACUACGCUGAGAUUUUAUUCACAGCGUUAUUCAACUUGGAGGCUGUUUUCAAAAUUUGGUGUUUAGGCUGGUCGAAUUAUUGGCAUAGAUCAUUAUUUAAAUUUGAAUUAUUCCUUUGUGUUGGCACAACACUCCAUUGUUUACCAUUACUUUAUCGCACGGAAUUCACUUAUUUGGCGGUAUUACGUAUUGUUCGCUUAAUCAAGGCAUCUCCAAUGCUUGAGGAUUUUUGUUUCAAGAUAUUUGGACCUGCUAAAAAAUUGGGCAGUCUAAUCUUAUUUACCACAUGUUUCUUAAUGAUCACUUCAACGUUCAGCUUACAGUUAUUUUGUUUCUUUCGAGUAUUUGAACCAACCUUUGACCGAUUCUCUACAUUUCCAAAAGCAUUCAUGUCAAUGUUUCAAAUACUUACACAAAAAGGUUGGGUUGCCGUUAUGCACGAUACAAUGGAUGUUGUGGAGAAUGAAGCUGUAACUACAGGAGUGGCAAUAUACUUUGUAUUUUAUCAUCUCGUUGUGACUUUGAUUGUACUCAGUCUCUUUGUUGCUGUUAUCUUAGAUAACUUAGAAUUGGAUGAGGAUAUUAAAAAGCUGAAACAGCUUAAACUUAGAGAAAUCAGUGCUGAAACACAACAGAAAUUGCCAAUGCGUUUACGUGUUUUUGAAAAAUUCCCAAAUCGUCCACAAAUGAUACAACUUACUCGACUUGUAUCCGAUUUUUUGAUGCCAAAAAUUCGUGACAGUUUUAUGCGACAAUUUGCUGCUAUAUCAGCUCUUGAAGAAGUUGAAGAUGAAGCUAUUGAAGAAAUGUUAGCAACAAUGACAAAAUCAUCACAACAAACUGUAGAACAAAAUCAAAUUAAAUUAAAUCCACUUUAUAAUACUACUACUUCCAUGACUACUUAUAGUAGUGCUAAUAAAUUAGCGAAUGAAACACUUUAUAAUCAAACAAAUGUUGAAACAUUGAGAGCUAUUAAAAGAAAAGUGCAUGGAUUACAUGGUGAAGAGAAGUUUCGUGCAAUUAUUUACCUUUUGAAUGAAUCGAAUAAAACACGUCUUCUGAUAAAUGAAAAGACUUCAAAUGUUGGGAAUAGAUCACUUCUAUCAACACAGCAUCAAAUACGAUUAGAAAGAAGGAGUAUACGAAACAGAGUUGGAAAUCCAAUGUCUUCACAGAAAUCUUUACGAGGUAACGGAGAAGUUCGAGGUAAUCCAAGUGGUAGAACAGGAAAUCAAAGCGGUGAUUCACAGGCUACAACUGGAGAUAGAUCAAGUCAUGUUGAUAUUAAACUGUUACAACAAAAAGCUCAACUUGCAGAAAUUAAAAGGACACAACAAGAAGUUGAGCUUAGAGAGAAUCAUCCAUUUUUUGACCGACCACUGUUUGUUCUUGGACGAGAAAAUCGUUUUCGUCAACUGUGCUUAAUUCUUGUUGAAGCCAGGCACAAAGCUCAUGAUUCUAUAGAUUCAACUGAUAAUGGGAAUUCUAUACACAAGUUUCUUGGUCUAGUUACAUAUAUGGAUUGGAUAGCUAUAUUUGUGACAACUUUGUCAUGCGCAUCUAUGUCUUUAGAGACACCGCAUUUUAGAUUGAUGAAUACUCCUGAAGUUCAGAUAUGUGAAUACAUCUUCUUUGUUGUGAUGACUUUGGAGAUGACAUUUAAAAUAUUCGCUAAUGGAUUGGUAUUUACUCCGAAUGCACUUUUAAAAGAUUUUGGUGGAUUCUUGGAUUUAUUUAUCUACAUUAUCAGUUUGAUUUUUGUCAGCUACAUGAUACGCGUAGAUAUUAUCGGUCCAGGAUCUGGUGGUCAUUUACUCAUGGUAUUGAGGUGUUUAAGACCAUUAAGAAUAUUUUGUUUAGUACCACAGAUGCGUAGAGUAGUCUAUGAACUUGUACGUGGAUUCAAAGAGAUUCUUAUGGUUUCUGUUCUAUUAGUUGUAUUCAUGUUCAUGUUUGCUGUUUAUGGAGUCCAUUUAUUCGGUGGACGCUUAGCUAUCUGUAACGAUAGAAAUAUAACAGUUAAAGAGAAAUGCGUUGGACGAUUUAUGCGUGAGCUAGCCUCAACCAAAUUGAAGAGUGUUAAAGGUGAACCACUUAAAUUGCUUGUACCAAGAGUAUGGGCUAAUCCAAGAAACUUUAACUUUGAUAAUAUCGGCAAUGCAAUAUUAGCCUUAUUCGAAGUCUUAUCAUUAGAAGGUUGGGUUGAAAUACGUGACGUAAUAAAGGAGCGUAUUGGUCCGCGACAUGUGAUCUACAUACACUUAUUCGUAUUUAUUGGAUGCCUUAUUGGUUUGACUCUCUUCGUAGGUGUUGUCAUUGCAAACUACAGUGAGAAUAAGGGGACAGCACUUCUUACCGUCGAUCAGAGGAGAUGGUUAGAUUUGAAAGGUCGUAUUAGGCUCACUCAACCUUUGCAGAUUCCACCACGUCCAAAGUUGCAUCAAGAACCAGGUCAAACAAGAAAUAUUAUAACACCAAUGUCAAAUAAUUUAGAGAAGAAAAGUUUAAAAUUUCGCUGUUUCAUUUAUGAUAUAACCCAGAAUAUUUUAUUCAAACGUGCUUCAGCAACACUUGUUGUCGCCAACUGUUUCCUUUUAUUCUUUCCUUUUAAUGAAUUAGGAGUUGAACGAUCCAGUUGGGUAAGACCAAGGUAUCAAGUACAAGUCUCUUUGGGAAUUAUAUUUACACUAUUCUUUUGUCUUGAAUGCUUAUUGAAGAUAAUUGCAUUAAAAUUUGGAGGUUAUUGGCAGUCAAAACGAAAUCGUUUCGAUAUGCUUGUCGCUAUACUCGGUGUAACAUGGAUUAUUAUACACUUUAUCCUUCGACCGAUUCCUGAAAAACACAUGAUUAGUAAUAAUUUCGGUUGGUUUGUUUUAAUGCUGAGAUUUUUCACAAUAGCUGGAAGACAUGUUACACUGAAAAUGUUAAUGUUAACUGUGGUAAUGUCUAUGUAUAAAUCAUUAUUUAUCAUAAUGAGUAUGUUUCUACUAAUGAUGGUGUAUGCAUUGGCUGGUGUAAUUCUAUUCGGUUCAGUUAAAUACGGUGAUAAUCUUGGUCGUCAUGCUAAUUUUCAUAAUACAUUUCGGGCGACAGCUUUGUUGACUAGAAUUGUUACAGGUGAAGAUUGGAAUAAGAUUAUGCACGAUUGUAUGAUACAACCGCCAUUCUGUCGAAUGCGUACAAAUUUUUGGAGACAGAUUGUGGAAAUUUUAGAGCUGCACUAA